GGUAGUGGUGAGGUUCCAUUUCACUUUGAUGAACCUCCUUCCCCACAGUGGAGUGGUAACAGUUCUCAUUGUGGUUGUAAGACUGUGUGUGUGCUACACAGGGACAGCACAUGAGGAAGCUUUGUGAGAACUCAGUGUACAAUGUGAUUUGUGACAGUUAUGGUACUUUAAAGAGUUUUUCCCCCCCUCUUUAUCUUUUCCUCUGUUCGCUUUUCUCUGAGAGUUGAAACUGAAGUCAAGUUGUUCAUAAAGAAUGUAUGAAGCUUCUCAACUUGAAACAGACCAUCAUGCAGACAUCGGAGACUGGGUCGGACACAGGUUCGACAGUGACUUUACAGACAUCUGUGGCUAGUCAAGCAGCAGUGCCUACACAGGUGGUACAGCAAGUACCAGUACAGCAACAGGUACAGCAGGUACAGACUGUGCAGCAGGUACAACAUGUCUACCCAGCUCAGGUGCAGUAUGUGGAAGGAAGCGAUACUGUCUAUACCAAUGGAGCAAUCCGAACAACAACUUAUCCUUACACAGAAACGCAGAUGUACAGCCAAAACACUGGAGGGAAUUACUUUGAUACUCAAGGGAGUUCCGCACAGGUGACCACCGUGGUCUCGUCCCACAGUAUGGUGGGCACUGGUGGGAUUCAGAUGGGCGUCACGGGAGGACAACUCAUCAGUAGCUCGGGAGGAACCUAUCUGAUCGGCAAUUCAAUGGAGAACUCUGGUCACGCAGUGACACACACCACUCGGGCCUCCCCAGCGACAAUUGAAAUGGCGAUUGAGACGCUGCAAAAGUCUGACGGUCUGUCCACUCACAGAAGCUCUCUUCUCAACAGCCAUCUCCAGUGGCUGUUGGACAAUUAUGAGACAGCAGAAGGAGUGAGCCUUCCUCGAAGCACUCUCUACAAUCACUACCUGCGACACUGUCAGGAACACAAGCUGGACCCAGUCAAUGCUGCUUCUUUUGGAAAACUAAUAAGGUCAAUUUUUAUGGGGCUACGAACCAGGAGAUUAGGAACUAGAGGAAACUCAAAGUACCAUUAUUACGGGAUUCGUGUCAAGCCAGAUUCCCCUCUUAAUCGCCUGCAAGAAGACAUGCAGUAUAUGGCUAUGAGGCAACAACCCAUGCAACAAAAACAAAGGUACAAGCCUAUGCAGAAAGUGGAUGGGGUUGCAGAUGGUUUCACAGGAAGUGGUCAACAGACAGGCACAUCUGUUGAGCAAACUGUAAUUGCCCAAAGUCAACAUCAUCAACAGUUUUUAGAUGCAUCUCGAGCACUUCCAGAGUUUGGAGAAGUUGAAAUCUCUUCUCUGCCAGAUGGUACUACCUUUGAGGAUAUCAAGUCACUGCAGAGUCUUUAUCGAGAGCACUGUGAGGCAAUAUUGGAUGUUGUUGUGAAUCUUCAGUUUAGCCUGAUAGAAAAAUUGUGGCAAACAUUCUGGCGCUAUUCUCCCUCUACUCCAACUGACGGCACUACCAUUACUGAAUCAAGCAAUCUGAGUGAAAUAGAAAGUCGACUUCCGAAAGCAAAGCUGAUAACUCUGUGCAAACAUGAGUCUAUCCUGAAAUGGAUGUGUAACUGUGACCAUGGGAUGUACCAGGCUUUGGUGGAGAUUCUCAUCCCCGACGUCCUUAGACCUAUUCCUAGUGCCUUGACCCAAGCCAUUCGAAAUUUUGCUAAAAGCCUUGAAGGUUGGCUUUCCAAUGCCAUGAACAAUAUUCCACAAAGAAUGAUACAAACCAAGGUUGCCGCUGUAAGUGCCUUUGCCCAGACUCUGCGAAGAUACACGUCGCUCAAUCACCUGGCCCAGGCAGCUCGCGCAGUGCUUCAGAACACGUCUCAGAUCAACCAGAUGCUCAAUGACCUCAACCGUGUCGACUUUGCCAAUGUCCAGGAGCAGGCUUCCUGGGUGUGCCAGUGUGAUGACAACAUGGUUCAGAGACUAGAAACAGACUUCAAGAUGACUCUUCAGCAGCAGAGCACCCUGGAGCAGUGGGCUGCGUGGCUUGACAAUGUGAUGAUGCAAGCACUGAAACCCUAUGAAGGAAGACCCAGUUUCCCUAAAGCUGCCAGGCAAUUUCUGCUAAAAUGGUCCUUCUACAGCUCAAUGGUUAUUCGAGACUUAACCUUACGCAGUGCUGCUAGCUUUGGCUCCUUCCACCUGAUCCGUCUACUCUACGACGAGUAUAUGUUCUACUUAGUAGAACAUCGUGUUGCUCAGGCAACAGGAGAGACACCCAUAGCAGUCAUGGGAGAGACAUACCUUGUAGAUGAAAAAAAUACUCCUAUCAUGGAACUCUUUAUAAGCAAACUUCCGAAUUUUGGUGAUUUAAAUGCUGUGUCUCCUGGAAAUCUGGAUAAAGGUAAGAAUUGAAAAUAAUGGACAUUUUUAAGGACUCUUUUUGACUGGGAAAUUUUCACAGAGGAAAAUGUAGUGUAUGUCUAUGGCACUCUUAUUUUGUGGAAAUGGCAUACAAUCCUAGAUGAAUAUGACAGUUACGUCUUUUGGAGUCCUUCAUUAUUUC